UUGAUGUUAUCAAAUUUGUACAUUCAUCUACAAUUAAUGUAAACAAAUAUAAUUAAAAUCGCUAAAAUUUAAUUAGAAUGACUCACCAUGCAAUCAGUAUUAAUGAUUUUAGUACGAUAUGCCGCAUAUGUUUGGUUUCAAAGGAAAAUAUGACCACAUAUUCCACGCCACAAAUAAUAAACAUGAUUGAGGAAUGCACAUCUGUACAGGAACCCUAUCAUGCAAAAUUUCCACAACAAAUAUGUAACAAUUGUUAUUGGCAAUUAAAGAAUUCGUAUCAUUUUAAACAACAAUAUGUAGUAUCAUUCGAGAUUCUUUGCGAAAUUCUAUUAGAAUCGGAAGAAAUUGAAAAUAAAAAUUCAAUUGAAAAUGAAUUAAUAUUUGCUGUACGAGAUAAACUACGCGCUACAAGUAGUCUCUGCGGGAAAAUGAAAAAACCAAUCGAUUCCUCAAAUAACGAAAAUAUUUUAAUUAAGACUGAAGAAUUUGAACCAAUUGAAUACAAAGAUUUCGAAAAUUUAUCGUUAAAAGUUGAAUUAAAUGAGAAUAUUGAUGAAAAAAAAUUACAAGAGAGUGAUGAAAGCAGCGAUGAAACGUGUGAUGAAGACGAUUAUACAGAUAAUCGACUAGAAGGUUUAUCAAAUCAUGAUGAUGAAGAUGAUGAAGAGGAAGAGGGUUUAGAAGAAGAGAAUGAUGACACAAGUUCAGAAAAGGAUGAUCAAAAACAGAAUUCCUUAGCUGAUAUAUUAAUAAAAAAAUAUAAAAUUUACGAUUUAACAUGUAAUAUAUGUAAAAAAGAAUUAAGUACACGGGCAACGUUAUUACGGCACAUGGAAACACAUAGCACAAAUCGAAUAUUCAAAUAUCAUUGUCAUGUUUGUAAUAAAGGUUUCUACGAUCGUGGUAAUUUGAAUAAACAUGUUAAUCGACACGCGGGUAAAGCUAAUUAUCAAUGUGAACUAUGUUUAAAGCGAUACUACGAAUUAAGUGCACUUGCACUUCACAAUAAAGAAAAACACAAAGCGGAACCAGUAAAGUGUACAAAAUGUGAUUUACAAUUUUACCAUAAUUUACAACUACAACAACACGAACAAACUCACGAACAAAAAGAAUUUAUAUGCGAUGUUUGUGGAAAAGUUUUUAAUUUAAAGUACAAAUUAAAAGAUCACCAAGUGGCACAUUCCGAACAUAGACCGUACACUUGUGUACAUUGUAACAAAGGCUUUAAACAUAAAUUUACCUUAACUGCCCAUAUAAAAAUGCGUCAUGAAGAUACAGAACGACGACAAAUGUGUUUCGUAUGUGGAAAAUUAUUUGUGGGUGGUUUAGCCAAACAUUUAGAGUCGCACGAUACAAGUCGAAUAAAUAAGUGUGACAUCUGUAAUCGUGUGUAUACGACACGCAGUGGAUUACAGGUACACGUUAAAGAGAAACAUACAAGUAAUCCGGAUAAACAACGGUACACGUGUAAAAUUUGUGAUAAAAGUUUAGGCACCAAGGGAACUUUAACGAAACAUAUGAUUUUCGUGCAUUCGGAUGUACGCAAAAGUUGUCAUCUGUGUGGGAAAACGUAUAAAACACAAAAAAAUGUUGAUGCACAUGUUGCUGCCGCUCAUAUGGACAUACGACCGUUUAAUUGUUCCACAUGUAAUAAAGCGUUUCAUACAAAGGUCUUGUUAAAAAACCAUAUGAGAUCACACACAGGGGAACGUCCUUUCUCAUGUACUAUUUGUGGGAAAGCUUUUGGAUAUCGAGAGGUGUUGAAAACUCACAUGAAAAUUCAUAAUAAAUAAUUCGAUUUUCUUUUUAAUACGCUUUGUAUGUUUUGUUCAUAUUAUUCGUAGU